AUGGUGGAUGAAGAGCAGGAUGCCGGGUACAACGUGCUGGACCCAUGUCCCCUGACGGAGGAGAACAUGAAGGAGGGCCUCUCUCUGCUGUGUAAAACUGGCAAUGGGCUGGCCCAUGCCUAUGUGAAGUUUGAAGCAAAGGAGAAGCACUUGACAGACAUCAGCAUCCUUCAGCGCUACAUUCACCUGCGAUAUGUGAAUUUGUCAGAGAACAAGCUGCGAGACUUGUCUCCGCUGAGCAGCCUAACUCACCUGCUUUGGCUGAAGGUGGACGGAAAUCUGCUUACAAGUGCCUGCAUGCAGGAGCUGCCCUACCUUCAGAUCAUCAGCUUUGCUCACAACCGUGUCAAGGAUAUGGAGGGCAUUACUCACCCCCGCUUAGCCAACCUCAGCCUUAAAGGAAAUAAAAUCAAGGCAGCGCUGGGCCUGAGUCAAGGACAGUUAUUCAGCCUGCAUAUCUUGGAACUGCGAGGAAACAAGCUAGAGAGCACAGCAGGGCUAAACCUUCCCAAGCUCAAGACACUAUAUCUGGCCCAGAAUGCCAUUAGGAGCCUUGAAGGCCUUGAGGGCCUAGGACAGCUCACAACUCUGCACCUGCGUGACAACCAGCUUGAAACCCUGGACGGCUUCUGUAGUACCAUGAAAUGCCUGCAGUACCUCAACUUGCGGAGCAAUGCGAUCAGUAACCUUCAGGAGGUGGCAAAACUACAGGUGCUCCCCAUGCUGCGGGCACUGGUGCUGUUGGACAAUCCGUGCUCCGAUGAGGCUGACUACCGGGUGGAGGUCCUGGUCAUGCUGCCCCACUUGGAGCGCCUUGACAAAGACUUCUUUGAGGAAGAUGAGCGGGCAGAGGCGAACAAAAUCCGUCAGCAAAGGCAGGAGGAAAAUCAGGAAAUGGAGGAAUUUGCUGAAGAUGAUGUAACUGAGUGA